AUGGAUCUAGUCCGACGUGGCGUGCUGGUAGUGGUGCAGCAACCAGUAGAGGACGACGAAGCAGGCGGUACUGAUACUAGCAGCAGCCGCCGCUUACCUCGCGAGAUCUUUAUUCUCGGCACGACGCAUGUGUCGGAAACGGCUGCUGAGGACGCCAUGCGGGUGGUGCGGAGCGUGCAGCCUCAGAACGUGGUGGUGGAGCUGUGUAAAAGCAGAGCGCCAAUAAUGUACGACCCUGUACCGGACCCCAGCCAGCCCUCAGCGCCAAACUCUGAUGUCAUGGGUGCUGCUGCUAGCGGUGCUGCUGCUGCUCCUGCUCCUGCUCGCGAUCUGUUCCUUAUGGGAGGGGCCAGCCUGACUCAGACGCUCAUGCGCAGCAUCCAGCUUGGAGGUCAGUCCAGUCUGCUGCUGCGCCUGCUGCUCUCUUUUGUGUCUCGUCGGUCUGCCCAAGCAGUCGGCGUGCAACCGGGGCAUGAGUUCCGUGCAGCAAGGGAGGCUGCAGAUGCGAUUGGAGCACAGCUGGUGCUGGGAGAUCGACCCAUUGAAAUCACUCUGCGCCGUGCAUGGAAGGCACUUUCUCUUCUCGACCGCGCUCGCCUCGCCUCUGCUCUCCUGCAAGGCGGGCUGAAGGGGGGCUCCCUGGAGCAGAGCGAGUUGAAAGGAGCGUUCUCAAGACAGCGUGACUCUUCCAAUGGUCAAGGGAUGGAGAGUUUGAAUAUGGAUAGAGAUGUUGUGGGGAGUGGGGGAGUGGUCGAGAAAGACGACGCGGAGGGAGAGGAAGAGGUCGAGUUUUUGUCGGCUGUUUUUCAGGAAGUUGCGCGGCAGUUUCCUACGCUCCUCGGGCCACUUGUGCAUGAGAGGGAUGCGGCCGGUCGCGAGGAAUGUUCCAACGAGGAGGCUUGUAUCGAGGAUCGUUACAAUGAGGAUGGCCAGGAUGCAAAUGAUUGCCAGGUGGCAGGAAACUAUUGGACGCGGCGGGGGGUGAUAGCUGGUACAGGCAGCGGCCUAGCGGCCGUAGCCCUCGCUAUUGUCACAACAGGCGCUUUUACUGUUCCAAUCGCCAACGCAGCCACAGCAGCUGCGCCUGCACCAACAGCUGCCGGUGCUGCACUCGACACUGCUUCCUGGAAGCUUCUUGAGAGCGCCUUUGGGUUUUCCUUCCUCUACCCGUCCUCCUAUAUAGUCACAAUCAACCGCAAGAACGACCCGGCAGAUGCCCCACUCACAGCAGACGGCGCUCAGGCUCUUGCUGUUGUGGGGAAUUUCGUCACCUUCGACACGAUGAGUGUCAUUCGCUAUGCCUUCACUCCAAACCCCGACAAGCUUGCUCCUCUCAUCCAACGGAUCCUGCCCAAUGGGAAUCUGAGAACCUCAUUGGUGGAGGACACGGUGUUCCCCAACCAGCCAAUCAUAGAGCUUCCACUGGAUCUGCAAAAGAUCCUCUCCGCGCUGGCAUCACCUGCUGGACUCAGUUUCGAUGUGGUAACAGAGACGUGCAGAGGGCGGAUAGAGGAGGGGAAGGGGGGCGUGGGUGAGUGUGUGUCAGUGCGAGGGGCAGACCUCGUUCAGCCAAUCGUGCGCCGCCACAUAGGCCGGAUACUCCUGUCAGAAGGCUACCUCUAUGUCAUCACUGAAUCGUGCACCGAGGCACGGUGGACAAGAAUGAAGGCACAGCUGCUAUGA